AUGCCAGCAAAACGAGGUGUCGCUGUCACUGUCGCUGUCACUGCCACUGCUGCAACGGGUUCCCUGCAAUUGUCGUGGCAUUGGCCAGUGCGUGGCGCAGUGAAGCUGCUCGCCGCUGACCUGACGGACACUGCUACUGCUACACUGCAACUUUACAACAACCAUCGGCAUCAAAUCCUUCUCCAAAUGGCAGACGUGCAGAUCGACGGUGCUGGCCCGGCCCACCCCCCGCAACACACCUUUACGGGCAUCCUCAGCGACAUCGAUCAGCAAACGCCACACACUCACAACGACAGUGCUGCCCACAGCCAUGACGAGGCGGACGCUCACGACAGGCACUCGGACAGGGCGUCGUCGCAUAGACAUUCCAAGCCCUCAUCAAUCGACAUCGACAAGUCGCAACCACAGGAUUUCGAUGGCGAGCUGUCGACGAACAACGAGCUGCCCUCGGCCGAGGUCCAGAAGAUGAUUGAGAACUACAUUGUGCUGGACCGCCAUGGCAAGUCGAAGACGUUCAAGAGCCUGUACAUGGGCGAGAACAAGGCUAGACGAGUGCUCGUCAUCUUUAUUCGGCAUUUCUUCUGUGGCAACUGCCAAGAAUACCUCCGCACUCUCUCCGAAGCCAUCACCCCCGAUUCUCUCCUCCGACUACCCAUCAGCACCUUCAUCACCGUUGUGGGAUGCGGCGACCCCGGCCUGAUCGACAUGUAUGCCAAAGAGACGGGCUGCCAGUUCCCCAUAUACACCGACCCGACCCGGUCAUUGUUCGACGCUUUGGGCAUGGUCAAGACGCUUCAAAUGGGCGCCAAGCCCGCAUACACAAAGAAGAGCACGUCAAGGGGUAUCUUUGACAGCAUCGUCCAGGGCCUCAAGCACGUACCCAAGGGCCUGGCUCUCAAGUCUGGUGAUCACCGCCAGGUGGGCGGCGAGUUCCUCUACGAGCCUUACAAUGUCGCGACGCCGAUUUCAACGCCGACACAGGAACAGCCGCCCAAGUUUGGAUCGCUUGCUGAGCCAGCAACCACACAGGACAAAGUCGAGGGCGAGCGGGCUGAGGAUAAGAGGAUCACUUGGUGCCACAGGAUGAAGAACACGAGAGAUCACGUAGAGCUGCCUGAGCUAAUGGAGGUGCUGGGCCUGGACGGCACAGCCCAUAAACCUGCGGUCAAGGACGAAAAGAGCGAAAAGAGGUGGGAGGAGGCGACGCGGAGUAGAAAGGGUACGGGAGUGACGAUGGCCCCUGAGAUGAAGAGGCUGAGCCUGGCUGCCCGUGCAAGUGUUGACCAGCCUCAUGAGCAGGCUUUCCAUGAGCCGGUGGUGCCAGAGGACAGCUGA